UUACAUUUUCAGACCAACGAACCUCCUGCUGGUAAUGGAGAAUAAGCGAACUGAAUAUUUUUCUCAUGUUAGACGCCCAGUCAGCUUGACAAGCAGAAACGUCAUUAAAGGGCAUCCUCAACACUAUUCACAGGUAUCUGACUUGGUCGUGACAGAUCAUGCAUCCCAUAGAAGUGUCAAUCCCGUCUUUUCGAUCGGAGGGCAGUAAAGUGGAGAAGGGCUACACGGUUUUCAAGAUCGAGGUGCUGAUGUGUGGUAGACAGCAUACUGUUGAGAAACGAUACAGUGAAUUUCAUGCUCUACAUAAAAUGCUAAAAAAGAUGAUUAAACCUCUUGAAAUUCCUUCAAAACAUGUCAGGAACUGGGUGCCUAAGGUUCUUGAGCAGAGAAGACAAGGACUAGAAUUCUAUCUUCAGACUAUAAUUAUGGAAAAUGAGGUUCUUCCAAAGAUAUUCUUGGAUUUCCUCAAUAUCCGCCAUUUCCCAUCACUGCCAAAAACUGAGAGUUGCGGAUCAUUUGAAACUGAAUCAGAGGAAUCAAGUAAACUGACACACCAGCCAGCGCUGCUCUUCCAGAGGGAUCCAUAUCUGCUACCCACCACAAAUGAUACAUUUUCCAACAUGGUAAUUGAAGGUGUGCUACGUGGAAUAUUCUAUCCAGACUUCCAGCUGAGGUAGAUCUCAGCACUACAGACAACAUCACCUCCGUUUCAUGGAUAUAAAGGGAUUUAUAUAAGCAACACUAAAUCACACAGUACCAGUUUCUCAGACUCACUCAUCACAGUUUGAAUUUUAUUUCUGGUGUCUACACACUGUGGCAUUUUUGCCUAGUUUUUUGGUUUUGUUUAUAUGCAGAGAUUUCGAUUUAUUAGUUCAUAUGAAGUGUCUCAUUUCAUCUCAAGAUUGAAAGUGUGACCUCAGCAUAACUUUGCACAUCUGUAAGAGAACAAAUCAACAUGUCGUAAUUUGAACCAAGUUUACAGGUCAUAUUUGAGGUCAGUACAGAAGGAUGACUUUUCCACUGAACUUAUAUUACUCCUAAUGGGGUGACUUUUAUCAAAUACAUCUUUUAGGAAUCAUGAGUGCUUGAAAGUCGUCUAGUGAAGAGCCUUGAACCUUUCCAUUAUGUUACUGAAUUAUUGUAUGUUGAUUUGACAAUUAUUGAUAACCAGCCUCGUCUUAUCAUGAGCAAAAAAGGGAACUAAUUGUUUAUUUUAAUAUAUUUGCUUGUAAUGGAUGAGUUAACGUAAAAUGAUUUUACAACUUUUGUUAAGACCGUCUGUUGUUUAGCUAAUUAAUAUGCCGACAGUAAAACUGACACAGAGUUGAUUAGGUUAUAUAUCCAGAUACUUAACAAGCAGUUCUUUUUAAGUGUUUUUCAUUUACAUGUCUUAAAUAUGUGUUUGGACUAUGUGCCAUUCCAUUUAAUGUUAUUGACACUUUGAAUUGUUGUCUCAUGCACUUUAAAUUGUGUGAAAAGAUCAGUUCUAACUGAAUAUGUAUGAAUAUUGAAAACUGACAGCAAUAAAAACAACACAUUUAUUCAUUAGCUGAAUAUUCUCUCUCUGUUGCAUCUGUUGGAAAAUGAUGUAUUUUUAAAUGACACAUGGGGCCAAUUAUGAUUUUUGUUUAUUGAAAAACUGACAAGUUCCAUUUUGAACAGCAGACAUUCUUACUCUUGCAAUCAUUAUUUGCAUGUUAAAGCUGUAACAUGUUGUGUGUUUUCAUAUGUUGCAUAAAACAUUUUAUGCCACCCAGGCAUUUAUUAAGAACACUGCAUUUUGCAUAAUGAAACUUGUGCAUUAAUGACAAUUCAUUACCAAUCCUGUCCAGGUUUGUCACAAUUUGCCACAAGAUUUGUCUAAUUA